AUGACUGUGGAUAUCAGGCAGCACAUACGAGAUCUAAGUGCAACUGGCAUGCAACCAGCAUUUAUAAUGUCUUCAAUUAGAAGAAAUUUUCCUCGUUUUUAUGCUAGUAUGAAUCAAAUUUACAAUGAGAGACAGUCAAUCAGGAGAGAAGAGAUGGAUGGUAGGACUCCUCUUCAACACUGUCUGUAUAUGGCCACGGAGCAUAAUUAUGUAGUUUGGAGGGACUUGGAUAGUGAGGAUCAGUUGACUAGAUUAUUGAUUGCAAAUCCAACUUCUAUCCAGAUGCUACGUUCGUGGCCCCAUGUUGUGUUGAUAGACACAACGUACAAAACGAAUAAGCAAAAGUGGCCCCUUUGCGAAAUCAUUGGAAUGACGCCAACGAAUCAUAAUUUCUUGGUUGCAUUAUGUUUGAUGCGAGAUGAGGCGGCUGUGUCUUAUUCUUGGGUGUUGGAGAGGUUGAGGGAUAUUUACGGGACAGUGCAGACGCCGGAUAUAAUCGUAACGGAUCGGGAUGAGGGUUUGUCUGCAGCUAUUCAUGCUGUCUUUCCAGAUGUACGACAUCUAUUAUGCGUAUGGCAUAUUGGCAAUGACGUGGAGAACAUGGUCGAUAAAUUGUGUGGCGGCAAGAAAAAUCAACAGGGCCAGUUAUUCAGGCAAACAAAAUGGAACCCCUUGGUUAACAGUAUGACGAUCGCCGAUUUUGAAAACAGAUGGGAAGGGAUUGUGUCCACUUGGUCGACUAGGAACCGGAGAGUGGAUGACAUGCAGACUCAUCCUGACCAAGAGACUCUUCCCGACUAA